GGCGGGGGGAGGCGCCGCGGGGAAGCGAGGCGCAGGGCGGCGGCCCCGCGGGGCUGGGCGGGAGGGCGGCGGGGCGGCAGGUGGCACCGGGACCGGCACCGGGACCGGCAGCGGGGCGGGGUGGGUAAGGGAUGGGCUGCGCCCCCAGCAUCCACGUCUCGCAGAGCGGCGUGGUGUACUGCCGGGACUCGGACGAGUCCAGCUCCCCCCACCAGAGCGCCGCCGUCUCGCAGGGCGCCGCCGCCCUGCACGGCCUCUUCGUCAAGACCGAGGCCGCCGACUCCAUCCCCGCCGUCCUCGCCUACCGCAGCCGGCAGCCGCCGCCCUGCGCCGGGCCCCGCCGCAAGGAGCGCGGGCAGCCCGGAGCCCCCGCCCGGGCCAGGGCGCCCCGCUGCUGCGGCAUCGAGGCGGAGACCCAGACCAGCAGCACCGGCCGCCAGCAGGCUUCAGCUACAGAGGUACAAAUUGGGCCCAUGAGACUGACACAAGAUCUAAUUCAGGUUUUGCUGAUCUUUGCAAAAGAAGACAACCAAAGCGAUGGUUUCUGGUGGGCUUGUGACAGAGCUGGUUACAAGUGCAGUAUUGCCCGGACUCCCGAGUCAGCACUUGAAUGUUUCCUUGAUAAGCAACAGGAAAUAAUUGUUAUAGAUCACAGGAACUCCAGAUAUUUUGAUGGGGAAGAUAUCUGCAGGUCUAUUCGUGCCACAAAGCCAUCAGAACACACUGUAAUACUUGCUGUGGUUCCACGCAUAUCUGCUGAUCAAGAAGAGACUUCUGUUCUUCCCCUUCUUAAUGCAGGCUUUGAUAGGCGUUUCAUGGAGAAUAGCAGCAUAACUGCUUGUUACAAUGAACUGAUUCAAAUAGAACGUGGGGAAGUGCGAUCUCAGUUCAAAUUACGGGCAUGUAAUGCAGUGUUUACAGCAUUAGACCAUUGUCAGGAAGCCAUAGAAAUAACCAGUGAAGAUCAUGUUGUUCAGUAUGUUAAUCCAGCCUUUGAACGGAUGAUGGGUUAUCGCAAGGGAGAGCUCAUUGGCAAGGAAUUCACUGAAAUACCAAAAAGCAUUAAAAACUGUGCAGAUCUUUCAGACACUAUCAAUACAUUUAUUAAAAAAGGAAAGGAAUGGCAAGGGGUUUAUUACACAAGCAGAAAAUCAGGAGAAAGUAUCCAGCAGCAUGUGAAGAUAACGCCUGUGAUCGGUCAAGGAGGGAAGAUAAGACACAUUGUGUCCCUAAAAAGGCUGCGAUGUACUAAUGAAAACAACAAGCAGCUCUGCAAGAGUCACCACGAUAAGAAGUGUACAGGAGACAAUUCUCAGUCAGAAUCCCAUUCCUUCAAAUGCAAGAACAGAAGGAAAGACUCAGCUGAUGUUAAGUCAAUAACUUCUCAAAGCAGUGAUGCUCCAAGCUUACAGACCCGACGGUACUCCUCAAUGGCAAGGAUCCACUCAAUGACAAUAGAAGCUCCUAUCACAAAGGUUAUUAACAUAAUUAAUGCUGCCCAGGAAAACAGCCCCAUCACAGUAGCAGAGGCCUUGGACAGAGUUUUGGAAAUCUUGCGGACAACAGAACUUUACUCCCCCCAGCUAGGUACCAAAGAUGAAGAUCCUCACACAAGUGAUCUUGUUGGAGGUCUGAUGACUGAUGGCUUGAGAAGACUGUCAGGAAAUGAGUAUGUGUGUUCUAAGAAUAUGAACCUGAGCCAUAGUCACCUUUCAGUGCCAAAUACUAUCAGUGAUGUUCCACCUUGUAUUGCACAGCUCCUGGAUAAUGAGGAAAGCUGGGACUUCAAUAUUUUUGAAUUGGAAUCUGUUACAAAUAAAAGGCCAUUAGUUUAUUUGGGCUUGAAAGUUUUUGGCCGGUUUGGGGUCUCUGAGUUCUUAAACUGCUCAGAAGCAACACUGCGAGCAUGGCUGCAGGUGAUUGAAGCCAACUACCACUCCUCCAACUCGUACCACAACUCCACGCAUGCAGCUGAUGUCCUGCAUGCUACCGCCUUCUUUCUGGGGAAGGAGAGAGUGAAGGGAAGCCUUGACCACUUAGACGAGGUGGCUGCAUUAAUAGCAGCCACCAUUCAUGAUGUAGAUCACCCUGGACGGACCAACUCUUUCCUGUGCAAUGCAGGCAGUGACCUAGCUGUCCUCUACAAUGACACUGCUGUGUUAGAGAGCCAUCACACAGCACUGGCAUUUCAGCUCACAGCCAAAGACAGCAAAUGCAACAUUUUCAAGAACAUGGAUAGAAAUCACUAUCGGACAUUGCGCCAGGCCAUUAUUGAUAUGGUUUUGGCAACAGAGAUGACAAAGCACUUUGAGCACGUGAACAAAUUUGUGAACAGCAUCAACAAGCCGAUGGCAUCUGAGGAGACCAGCUCACGUAGUGAAGGCAGUGACUGUGAAUGUACAGCCAACAUAAAGAAUUUUCCAGAUAACCAGACACUGAUCAAGCGCAUGAUGAUCAAGUGUGCAGAUGUAGCAAAUCCGUGUCGUCCCCUAGAGCUAUGUAUUGAAUGGGCAGGGAGGAUUUCAGAAGAGUAUUUUGCACAGACUGAUGAAGAGAAGAGACAGGGUCUGCCUGUUGUAAUGCCAGUUUUUGAUAGAAACACCUGCAGCAUCCCCAAGUCUCAGAUUUCCUUCAUUGAUUAUUUUAUAACAGACAUGUUUGAUGCAUGGGAUGCAUUUGCACAUCUGCCUGUUUUGAUGCAACACUUGGCUAAUAACUAUAAACACUGGAAAACACUGGAUGAGUUAAAGUGCAAGAGUCUCAGGCUCCCAUCAGAAAACAACAACUGACACAAAAGGAAGACAAACAGACCUCUUGAUCUACCAGUUUCACUGUGAAUCACUAUACUAAUUUGGAUACAAGAGGGACAAUGUUUCCUUUCAAGUGAAAUUAAGACUGUGUGGCAAGAAGGAAAUAUUUUAUCCAUCACUUCUAAGAGUCUCUGAAUUCCACAGAAAAAUGUUUUUGAAAAGGCUAUGUAAUCCACAUAUAAGAGCUCCUUGGAAAUAUCAGUUUGUGGCAGAGGAGGUACUUCUGAAACUAAUUUCUAGUACUGAAUUUGCAUGUCAAAUCUUGUAGCAAAUACAACUGCAUUUGCUAACAGCUCACACAAUGGCUUUUCAGACACAAACAUGAUCUAGUCACCAGUAGAACAGGUUGACAAAACAAUAAAAAAUUCCCAAUUAUCUGUCACAAAAAUUGUUCCAGUUCUGCUGAUGUUCUUUAGCUCUCUCAACCAUAGUUAUGAAGAGAGCAUGCAGAGUAGAACAAGCAAGCCUCAAGAAAACAAUAAAAACAAACCCUGUGACAUUUAAAGCAACCCUUUUUUUAAAGGUAUAAAACUGCUCUCUCAUCCUUCUUUUCUGUGUAGAAUUUUGGAUUGAGAAGUCAAAUUCCUUUAAAAUGGGUUACACAAUGAAAGAAAACAAGCAUGUUCUGUAUAGUUGGCACCAUCCACAUUUUUCUCUGCCAUCUUAGAGACAUUACCAUGUGAUGUUCUGUCAAGUUUUGCAUAUAAACCAUUGUGGCACUGAUCAACCUCCCUUUUUAUAAAGUGGUGUUUGUACACACAGUCAUCAAUUUUAUUAGACUGAUCUAAAUUUUAUGACAAGGCCAUAUAUUGUGCUACUUACUGAAAGAACCUGUAACUUUUUUUAAAA